AUGAACAAGGAGACAUCUUCGUCGUCCAUUGCUGCUGGAUGUCUUGAUUACUGUCGAGUAGACACAAUGCUUCAUAUGACAUGUGCACAAUACUCCAAGGAACAAACCAUAAAGCAUCUUGAACAAAGCAAAUCCGAGACUGAUGGGGUCCCAGUCUACAAGUAUCGAGCCUUGGAUAUGAUUCGUUGGAUCCGGGAGGAAUUCGGCGACUAUUUCACUGUCUGCUGUUCAGGUAAUCCAUCAUAA